AUGUGUAUAAUACGAUUUUACUUAUGUGAAGCCUUUAGUGCACAUAAAACUAAAGAAAUACUUCAAAAGUUGAAACUUAUUGACCCCGACGUAACUGAGUUAUCGACAGAGUUAUGUUACCAUGUGGAAAUUGAUGAAGCUAAUUUAAAUAUUAGUCAAAUUAAGAUUUUGCAAUGGCUUCUCUGUUCACCUUUACAGCCCAAUACUUUGAGAAAUGAAUCUGCUUACAAAUGCUUACAAAAUGAUCAAUUAAUUAUUGAAAUUGGACCAAGGUUUAAUUUUUCUACAGCUGAUUCAAGUAACUCUGUCCAAAUUUGUGAAAGUGUAGGCUUGCAUGAUGUGGUCCGUCUUGAAUAUUCAACAAGAUAUCUUAUUACUUUUGCAAAGAAGAAGAAUGUAUCUAAGAAAUUAUUUGAAGAAUUGGCUGCUCCUUUACAUGACAGGAUGACUCAAUGUAUCUAUACUAAGGAAAAUCUUCCGAGGAACAGCUUUAAUGAAGCUUUGCCAAAAGAUUUAGAACCAUGGUAUGUGGUGCCAUUGAUGAAAGAAGGAAUAGUGGCAAUGAAGGCUGUAAAUCAAAAACUAGGUUUAGCUUUUGAUGACUGGGAUAUGGACUUUUAUAUGGAUCUAUUUGUAAACAAGUUACAAAGAGACCCAACAAGUGUGGAGUUAUUUGACCUUGCUCAGAGUAACAGUGAACAUUCACGGCAUUGGUUUUUCAAGGGCAAGGUAAUAUUGGAUGGUAAAGAGAUAAAUGAGUCUCUUAUAGACAUGGUUGCUUCAACUCAAGAGUCAUCAAACAACAAUAAUGUUAUAAAGUUUGGUGAUAAUAGUAGUGCUAUAAAAGGUUUUACACAUAAGAAACUCAGACCAAGUAAUGUCAGAGGACCAUCUAAGAUUGUUCAAGAGACAAUAGAAUCUGAUAUAAUCUUCACAGCUGAAACUCAUAAUAUGCCAACAGCAGUAGCUCCAUUUAGUGGUGCUACCACUGGUACUGGUGGUCGUAUAAGAGAUGUACAGGGCGUAGGAAGAGGUGGACAUACCAUUGCUGGAACAGCUGGAUAUAGUGUUGGCAAUCUUCUGAUAUCAGGUUAUGAUCUGCCAUGGGAAGAAAAAAGUUGGAAAUAUCCCAAUAAUUUUGCGAGUCCACUACAAAUUAUCAUCGAUGCGAGUAAUGGCGCAUCUGACUACGGUAAUAAAUUUGGUGAACCAGUCAUAUCAGGAUUUGUCCAGUCGUACGGUUUGAAAAAUGGCGAUAAUCUUAGAGAGGAAUUUGUGAAGCCAAUAAUGUUUAGCGGUGGCAUUGGAUAUAUGCCUCAUAGUAUGAUUAAAAAGAACAAACCUGAUAAAGGCAUGUUGCUGGUAAAAGUGGGAGGUCCUGUAUACCGCAUCGGUGUUGGUGGAGGUGCUGCUUCCUCUGUGGCGGUUCAAGGAGGAGACUCCAGAGACCAUGCACUCGAUUUUGGGGCCGUGCAAAGAGGAGAUGCUGAGAUGGGAAACCGUCUUAAUAGGGUUGUUCGAGGUUGCUUAGAGAGUGACAUCAAUCCAGUGGAAUCAAUUCAUGACCAAGGUGCUGGUGGUAACGGAAAUGUUCUAAAAGAACUGGUGGAACCUGAAGGAGCAGUGGUGUUCACUAAGGAAUUUCAGCUGGGUGAUCCAACCAUUACAACACUAGAGCUUUGGGGAGCUGAGUACCAAGAAAAUAAUGCACUGCUUUGCAGUAAGAAGAACAGGCCUAUACUUGAAGAAAUAUGCCUCCGUGAAAGAUGUCCGGUUUCAUUUGUGGGUGAAGUUACUGGCGAUGGGUACAUGAGUCUAGUGGAAGAUUCUUUUAAUGAAGUCCAUAUCCCUCGAGAAAAUAGACUCAAACCUGAAGUGAAAUCAAAACUGCCUUACGAUUUGCAUUUGGAAGCUGUAUUGGGUAACAUGCCGCGAAAGACGUUUGAUUUGAAACAAGAAAAAAGAACAAAGUUACCAUUGUCAUUACCUAAUGAUAUUACAGUAGAAAAAGCUUUGGAUAGAGUAUUGAGGCUUGUCAAUGUUGCCAGCAAGAGGUAUUUAACCAAUAAGGUGGACCGAUGUGUAACAGGGCUGGUGGCCCAGCAACAAUGUGUGGGUCCACUUCAUACGCCGCUAGCGGACUGUGCGAUAAUAGCUCUGUCUCAUUUCGACUUGGUCGGCUCGGCCACUUCAAUCGGUACGCAGAAUGUGAAGGGUCUGCUGGAUCCGGCUGCCGGCGCUCGACUGUCCCUUGGAGAAGCGCUGACUAAUUUGGUGUUUGCCGGUAUCUCGGAGUUGGAAGAUGUAAAGUGUUCAGGCAAUUGGAUGUGGGCGGGUAAGACUGGAGCACAAGGAGCAUCAUUGGUUGUGGCCUGCGAUGCUCUCUGCAAGGCCAUGAGCGAGAUUGGAGUUGCUAUUGACGGAGGGAAGGACUCGUUGUCCAUGUGUGCUAAUGUCGCUGGCGAAACUGUGCGAUCACCUGGUACCUUAGUAGUUUCUACAUAUGCUCCUUGUCCUAACAUCACUGUUAAAGUAGAGCCAGCACUUUUGCAAGAAGGCUCUGCACUUGUUUAUGUGCCAGUGUCACCAGGCAAAUACAGGAUUGGUGGUUCAUCAUUAGCACAGUGCUAUAGGCAGCUCGGUGAUAAUCCUCCGGAUCUUGACAGUCCAGCAACUCUUAAAGCAUUGUUCAAAACCACUCAGAAAUUACUAAAAGAAAAGAAGCUGCUUUCCGGUCACGAUAUAAGUGAAGGAGGUUUUAUAACAACAGUUUUAGAAAUGGGUAUCGGAGGCUUACGCGGUUUAAACAUUGACCUGAUAGUUGAAAAAGGUGUUCCCGUAAUAAACUCCUUAUUUAACGAAGAGCUUGGUAUCAUUGUAGAGGUUAUACAGAGUGAUCUCACGUAUGUGCUCAAUGAGUAUAAGAAGAAUGGCGUGAGUGCCAAAGUGGUUGGCACCUCUGGAAAAUACGGAAUGCAAUCAGAGGUUGUACUAAAAGUGAAUGGUGAUUGUGUUCUCAACACAAAGCUAAUAAAUGUCUACAGAAUGUGGGAAGAAACAAGUUACCGGCUCGAGUGUCUACAGGCAAACUCUGACUGUGUUAAACAGGAAUGGCUGGGUCUCGAGAAACGUAAAGGCGUAACCUACAACGUCACAUACGACCCAUCGGCUGCUAUUAUAAAAUCAAAGUCUGUAAAAGUAGCUGUAAUUCGUGAAGAAGGAACAAAUGGUGAUAGAGAAAUGAUAGCUUCCCUGAUGAUGGCAAACUUCGAAGUAUUUGACGUUACUAUGAGCGAUUUGCAAUCAAGGAAGAUAACUUUAGAUGCUUUUAAAGGAUUGGUGUUCCCUGGGGGUUUCAGUUAUGCAGACACUCUUGGAUCAGCCAAAGGUUGGGCAGCGGGUAUUCUCUUCUCAGAAAAUUUGAAUUCUCAAUUUUCUCAUUUUAAGAACAGAGAUGACACAUUCUCUUUGGGCGUUUGUAAUGGGUGUCAGUUGAUGGCACUGCUCGGUUGGGUGGACAUAGAAGAUUCUACCAAUAGUGCUAAAAGGACACAAAUAUUCCUCGAUCACAAUCUCUCAGAAAGGUUCGAGUGCCGUUGGAGCGCGGUGCGCAUCAGCGAGGCGGCGCAGGCGCAGGACGUGUGGUUCCGCGGCAUGGGCGGCAGCGUGCUGGGCGUGUGGGUGGCGCACGGCGAGGGACGCUUCGCACUCGCCGACGCGCGCCUGCUGCAGCGCUUGAACACCAACGGACAAAUCGCCAUGCAGUACGUCGACGAUGACGGAGCACCCACUGACGCCUACCCCAUGAAUCCCAACGGCAGCCCUGAGGGAAUCGCGGGCGUUCGAUCUCGUGACGGUCGGCAUGUGGCUAUGAUGCCGCACCCCGAGCGAUGUGUGUUGCGCUGGCAAUGUGCCACACCUCCACCUGCCACAUCUGCCACACCAGUCACAUCUGCCACACCCGAACCAUCGCCUUGGCUGCGUUUGUUCCAGAACGCCUACACCUGGGCUGCACAACGAUAA